UUUCGUUCUUUUCUGCGGCAUUUCGGGCCCUUUGUUUUUUUUGGUUGCAACUUGUCCCUGGGGCGGGCGUUGCGCCUUUCGGCCGAAACGGAUGACGUCCGUGUCCAAUAGCAGUACCACCCAGUCCCGCGCGGAGUCGCGGCCGUUGUUGCUGGAAGGGGAGCACGAAGUGGCUGCUUCUUCGGGACAGACGCAGUUCAGGUGGAACGACCGGGUGUGCACGGGCACGCGCCUGCACGAGGCGGCGCUGGAGGGGGACGAGGACGGCGUCAAGACUGCCCUGGCGGCGGGGGAGAGGAUCAACGCGCGCUUCGAGUACACCACCAGCUUCCAGGGCAAAGUGCAGGAGGGAAGUGGAGAAGCCAUCCACCUCGCCGCGUCCCGGGGCUACGUGAAUGUCGUGAGGCUGCUUCUGAACCACAAGGCCUCCGUGAAUGCCAUGGUCAGCCGCAGCCACGAGCCGCACUACGACGUCUUCCACGCCGCCGUGUUCGCCGAGGGGCGGCACGGCUCGCUGGACAUGAUCCGGUACCUCAUGGAGCAAAAGGCGGAGCUGACCAGGAAUCAAUCCGGGAACUAUCCCAUUCACAUGGCCUUUGUCACAGGUAGCUUAGCGAUGAUCAAGCUGAUCCGGACCUACAUGAAGGAGAAGAACGUGACUGACGAGAGCUGUACCGAGCCGGGCAAGGCACUCCCCCUGGAGAUGGGCAUCACAGGUGGCAAGAUGUCCGAGAGAGACUUGAGCGAAGCCUGCGAGGUGUCGCUGCGCUCUCUGACCACCUUCAUCCACGAGUGUCCCCAGGUGAUCCCAUCGUUCCUCGAGCGUCUGCGACAGAACGAGGAGGCAUUUGGCGAGGUGAGGCGGAAGCUCACCAACGUGCACAUCGCCAAGGUGCUGCAGGAGGAGCCCUUGGCCGCCCUAGCGCUGCUGGACGGGUGCACCGACAGUCCCGAGUGCGGCAACCAGCGCUGGCACCCCCUGCCGACGCGGGUCAGCUUCGCCCCCCGCACCCGAGGCGCCUACAUCAGAAUGCUCUUCAACCCGCCCGAAGUCUUCCUCACAGAAUACCAGCCAGAGGAGCUCUGGAACUUCGAUGGCUUGCACUGGAAGGCGCCAGCUUGGCACCAAUCCUGGGUCGACCGCGACCACGGGCCUCCCCUCAUCGACGCGGAGAUCCGCGUUGUGCAGCUGCCCAACCUCCUUUGCGCAGAAGUGUUCAGAGCGCUCUGCGACCACAAGAAUGAUAACUGCCUGGAGCUGUUUCAAAACGACAUCAUCCACGUCAUGAUCAAGCACCUCUUCUGGGAGGGCGCUGCCAAGAUCGACGUGGUCUUGGUGAUGCUUACGAUGUGGGGCUUGGUCAUUCUCAUCGGCGAAGAGGUCAUGGGAAGAUCGGUGAUGGAAGCCAGACGCGCCAAACUGGAGGGAAGCGGGGAGUUUUUAGGCGCGAACGGCACCUCGGAGCUUCCCCUGGACGAAGGAGAUGGCGGCUUUGCUUCCUGGGUGGCCUUCACCUGGAUCGCCUCCAAAGCCUUGGUGGACCUGUGGUUGGAGUACAGCGAGCUUCGAGGAUUCAUGAAGAUCGGGCACUGGAAUGAUUGGUUCAAGACCGUGAACCUGAUGCGUGCCCUGCUGGCGGGCCUGCCGUCGCUGCUGCUCUUCUGGCCGGACUUCCAGCCCAUUCUGCUCUGUGGGAUUUUCCUCUACUGGGGCCGCGUGCUGACGUGCUACACGCUCAUGCAGUACAUCGGGGUCGAGCUGCUGCCAAUCAUCGACCUGGCCAGCGGCCUGGGGCCGAGUUUGUUCGUCACGGCCAUUUCCUUCGGCGCCUUCACCCACGCCUUCUACCUCGUGCGGGGCUCCACCCAGGCCUUGUGGCCCCACAUCUCCACGGACACCUUCGCGGUGCUCAUCACCGCGGCGCUGCCAGAGAGCGCCUCCAAUGUGGCGACCAUGGAGCUCACGCUAAUCCUGGUCGCCGUGCUCUUCUUCUCAGUCCUCAUCCUGAACGUUUUCAUCGGCGUCAUUUGCGAGCUCUACGCCAACGCGAAAGAGCGGGCGCCGCUGGCCUUCAAGCAGCGACGCGCUCUCUGCUGCAUGCUCUACCUGCUCCGCUGUCGAGCGCUGCCAUGCGCGUGGUUCUCCAGCAGCCAGGGAAAUGUCGUCAUCUGCGCAGGAGGCCUGUGUGCACUGAUCACGCAGGUCUACUGCUUUGUGAACCACGAGAUGCAGCCAUGGGUGGUGUGGGUCUUCUUGGCUUGCCAGAUCACAAUGGUCUUGGGGGCCUUCCAAGCCAAGGAGUCCCCAUGGAUCCGCGAGAGCACAGAAGACGACCGCGGCAACUACUUAUGGUUUUGCAGGACAAAGGUCAUAGACGAGGAGGAGCCGACCUCCAAGAGCAUCCACGACCUGCUGCAGCAAAUGAGAUCUGUGGUGGGCGAGAUGAAGCAGCUGAGCAGCUGAGAGAUCGAUAUCACCGGGGUGAACGUUUGGUGGCUCUCAUAUCCCUUGGGU